AUGAACUCUACAAACGAGGUCAAGGUCGUGCUGACGACCCAACCAGAGAAUCUUCUCGACGUCAGCGAUGAAGUGUUUGAAGCCCUGGACAUAGCCAUCAACUGCAUCGUGGUCCACCUGCUCUCCUCGUUAGGCCUCAUCGGAAACAGUCUGAACAUCGCGGUCCUGUCCCAGCACAGCAUGAGAGACACCACCAAUUUGAUUCUGCUCUGUCUCUCGGUGUCCGACCUGUGCUUCUCCUGCUUCAUGGAGAUCUACUACAUCAACAAGAUCGUUUACUACUUUGACCAGUACCUGUCCAUGACGAUGUGGACGUAUAUAUCUGUCUUGACCGUCCCGGUGCAGACCCUGCUCUUUUUCACGAGCACGUCCCUGGUGAUGAUAUUGUCCGUCGAGCGCAUGGUAGCCGUCUGCUUCCCGUUUCACGUCUCGAGGAUUGUCACGAGGUUUAGGAUCAAGUUUCUGAUUGGUGUUUUUAUUUUCGGCUUGGCUGGUGUGGUGUCCCCACUCUACGGCGCGAGAACCCUUGAAACGGUCACCUUUAACAAUGUAACUAUUGUGUCUGGAGUCAGCACAGAGUUCUUCACAAACGCUUACUUCUCUGCUUUUUAUAUGUUUCUAACUAUUUAUCUUCUGGUAUUCAUAACCUCCGUUGUGAUCGUAUGUACUAUAAUAACGCUCGCAUCGCUGACCGUUUCCUCCAGUAAAAUUCAGCACCUGUCCGCGGAGGUCAUGCUGAAAAGAGCCCGUGAGGUGAGGUCUGCAAGGACCAGCUUGUGCCUGUCUUCCUCUUUGAUCUUUCUGGUGCUAGUCCCUUCCGGUCUGUUCGAUAUAAUCUUCGCCUCCAAUAACUCGUUGUUCCGCUUCACCAACAAGGCCCUGAUGGUGCUGAACACUUUCAAGCAGAUCUUGUACCUCUUCAACUCCUCUUUCAACCUCGUGCUUUACGUCAUCACGAGUCCGAAAUUCGCUCAGACGUUCAGAAAUAUUUUCAGAGUCAGGACUGGCUUAAGAUAUUCGAACAUACAAAAAUAUCUGAGAAAAUAA